UAAAUCAUAGAAACACCUAACCCUUGCGUGGAUAACGUGAUUUCAAAGGAAUGUCCCUUACUCCGCCCGGUAAUCAAGCCGGAUACCGGCCGGUUCCCGAUACCGCUAAGGUUUCUGGUAAACGUAGUUUAUCGGUUCAAUGUCGUGAGCAAGCUGAUUCCGGCAAUUGCAGCUUCACCACCAUGGAUGUAUUCUACACCAGUGGAGUCUGGUUUGCAGAGAUGCUUCAGACUGGUCUGCCUGGGCUGCAGGAGUUUUGGCUUUGGGUGACCUUUUUGGGUGACCCAAAAUGUGUCUUUAUCAUUUAUUUCCCUCUCGCUUAUUUCCUGCUGGACCAGAAGGUUGGCAUAAAAGUACUUUGGCUGGGCUUAAUCUCUGAAUGGCUCAACUUAGUCUCUAAAUGGUUUUUAUUUGGUGAACGGCCCUUCUGGUGGAUCUUUGAGUCUGGAUUUUCCAAGAAGGGGGAAGUUGCUCUCCACCAGUUCCCUGUAACUUGUGAAACAGGACCAGGCAGUCCCUCUGGCCACUGCAUGAUCACAGGUGCAGCUCUAUGGCCAGUAGUAACUGCUCUAACCACACGGAUAUCACAGCACUCCAGAAGCUGGUUCGUGAAGGCCAUGCCCUUUAAGGCUUAUCUCCUCCUGCUGCUGGCUGUAGGUCUGUCACGCAUCUUCAUCCUCGCUCAUUUCCCCCACCAAGUCCUUGGCGGCAUCUUGGCAGGGGUCAUCCUGGGCUGGCUGCUAGAAUCUCGGGUCCCACUGGAGAGGGAACUCAGCUUCUACCUGUGGGCGUCGCUGUCUCUCUUGCUAAGCACCACCGUGACCUAUUGGAUGUUGAUUGCUCUCGGCAUAGAUCUCAGUUGGUCAAUCAGCCUUGCCACCAAGUGGUGCGCCAGUCUUGAGUGGAUCCGGAUGGACACACGGCCCUUUGCAUCUCUGUGCCGUGAUACAGCCACAGCCCUUGGACUGGGGCUGGCUUUCCAAUCCUCAUACUACACCCAGCUCAAAGGCGAGAGGUCUGGCUGGUCUCAGAGGGUGUGGUGUGCCAUCCUGGCUCUUGUCAUCCUACGCCUACUCAGCGACAUAGCACAACCGCAGAUUGUGGCUCUAUGGUAUGGGCUGACUUUUGCCAAGUAUGCCAUAUUCCCGUGGGUUGUGAUUGCACUGCUCCCCAAAGCAUUUCACACUGUGACCUCCAGUGUGACACCACCCCAUAAAGAAGAUUAGCUAGAGGAAAGGACUAUGUGUCCUUCUGUGGUACGGAACUCCACAGCAAUCCUUAGCUUUGCCUUGGGGCUUUAUUUCUCUUGGUGUGUGAUGAGAUUGUUCCAUCAGAGCAGAUUUUGUAUUUUGCCUCCAAGAGUAAAAUGAGCCUGUUCACUUGGGCCAACUGAGUCUAAACAGCCUUACCAAAAACUCCAUCAUCUCCCCUUGAAUCCCCUCUGUCCUCCCCUGCCAUACAGCUAAAUUAUAACAGGCAUGUGCUCAGGCAUACACAGGGGCUAUUAUUUGUAUUGAGGUUUCAGAACCAGAACCAAAAGGGAUGCUGGAACUGGUUGCUUUGUGACACAGUGACCUGUUCAGAGCUGGAGGUUGUUAGGGAGCAGGUUAGACAUUCAUUCAGCUGGUCAGGUAGAGCUGAUCAAUCAGGAAAAGGGAGGAAGAGAAGCUGGAUGGGUUCUCCCUUCUCCAAACUGCCCUCCAAAUAUCUGACCAGAAAAACCACAAAUACACAAACAUUCAAGAGCCAAAGCUCAGUGGAAGAGCACUUGCUUUGCAUGCAAAAGGUCCCAAGUUCAAUCUCUGGCAUCCCCACAAAGGACUGGGAAAGACAUGUCUGAAACCCUGGGGUACUGCUGCCAGUCAGUGUAGAUCAUGCUGAGCUAGAUGGAACGACUCUGUACAAAGCAGAUUCCUAUGUUCCUACAGUCCCUCCUGCUGCCACUGUUGAUAUAUACACUGGUGAACUGACAUCUGCUGUGGGGAAGGUGCUGUCAUUUCUUGUGUGCCCAAGUUCAGCACUAAUGGCACACAACUGGAAAGGUCACUGUAAAAGGCUCUUUUGCUCUGGCUCAGCCAAGAUGGUGCUGUCUGGCUUUGGUUCCCCAAUUUUGCUCCCAGUUCUUCCAAACAUACCACCAACCCUCCAGUAAGCAGUCCCCUUCUUGCUUCUCUUCUCAUUGUGCUAGCUCUUCAUAUCAGAGUUGGGUUGAAUUUCCGACUUUUGUGUGCCCAGAUACCCACAUACCUACCUGAAAUAGCUGUUAUACAGUAGGAAGAGUAGCACGAAAUUUAAUCAUGAAUAAACCCACCAAUUUAGGAUGUUUAUGAGUAGGUGGAUUCAUAGAAAGGGAAGGCCAGAACUUUUCCCAGCCUGCUGUUCUGCUCUGCCCUGUUGCUGGAGCAUAUCACUGGGUGUGGAAUUGCUGGCUGGGAAGCCAUCCAGCUUGCUGCUUCAAACGACAGGCUGCAGACCUCCAUGUUAGAGCCAUACGACAAUGGAACCAAUUACCUAGAGAGGUAGUGGGUGACACUGGAGGCAUUCAAGAGGCAGCUGGACAGCCACCUGUCGGGAAUGCUUUGAUUUGGAUUCCUGCAUUGAACAGGGGGUAGGACUUGAUGGCCUUAUAGGCCCCUUCCAACUUUGCUAUUCAAUGAUUCUAUGAUCCCAGUAGAUCUGCAUACAAGUAAAGUAAGCAGCUGUCCAGCCUGAGUAGAUUCCUGGUCCAGGAGUGAGAAGCCUGCAUCCCUCCAGAUGUUGCAGGUCUACAAGUCCCAUCAUCCUGAACUAUUGCCUAUGCUGGCUGGGGGCUGUUGGGAACAGGAGUCCAACGACAGGUGGAUGGCCACAGGCUCCCAGGAAAAGGCUUCACACUUUGUGUCAGGCUGCUUACUGCAAGUGGGAAGGAGGUAUUUAGCCUGCUGUAUAAAGUGGAGCCCUUCCCCACUAAAUGGGGGAGGGUUCAGAUUCAAGAGGUAGGGAAAGGGCUGUAGCUCAGUGGUAGAGCAUCUGCUUGCAUGCAGAAGGUCCUAGGUUCAAUCUCCAGGUAGAGCUAUAAGAAAUUCCCCCCAUAACCCUGGAGAGCCACUGCCAGUCAGUGUAGGCAAUACUGAGCUAGAUGAACCAAUGGUCUGAUUCAGUAUAAGGCAGCUUCCUAUAUUCCUAAGAGGCCAUCCAUGAAUCUACUCACAAAUAAGCAUACUGAGUAGAUAUAUUAGAGGGAGCCCUACCUAGGCAACAGCUCUGAUGGUCUCAUGGUGGCUGCUCAGUCAUGAUAGGGACCCUGAGCCCCCUUUAAAAAGAAAAGAAACACCCACUUUCCUGCUGCUAAAUUGGAGUGGGGCACUAUGACGCCAACCAGGAUUUAAUGUGACUGCAUUAGCCCUUUUGAAUACAUAUUCAGGGAAAAUAGGUGGUGUGAACACACCCUAAAGUUGUAAGUAAAUGUCCAUAGAAGUAAGUUUUGUUGAAGUUGACAGGCUUGCUUCCAUGUAAACGUGCUUAGGAUUUGGGGGGGGGCUCCUUGGUUUUCCUAAAGCAGGGGUAGCUAAUGUGUCCUCCAGAUGUUGUUGGGCUCCAUCAGUCCUAUCCAGUCUGGCCAGAUUAUGAGUUGUAAUCGAGCAACAUCUGGAGGGCACUAUCCCUCCCCUAAAGUAUGGCUUGGUUCCGUUGUUUGUAAGAAAUGUAAGAUCUGACAUUUCAAGAUAUUUUCACCGCACGUGCCCCUCCUUCAGAGAGCUUUGCUCCUGUAUAUUUAUUAUUUUCAGUCAAUAUUUGUGAUUUUCCUGGGGAUUAUUAUAUAUUUUAUUGUAUUGUGCUGUAGAUUGUAAGCUUGUUUGUACAUAGAACCCUUAAAACUGAAUUUUCAAAAUGCAUAACCUGAUUUUUUUUUUUAAAAAAAUCCCCAAGUGAAUUGUGGCAGCAUCUUUGUUUUGAGGGUAUGCUUUGACUGUUCAAGUAGUUAUCCCAGUAUGCCAAUCUCUACCGCCUUCCAUUUUCUGACAUCUCUGAAAAGGAAGGGCCGUGGGACAGUGGUUGAGCAAAUAUUCUGCAGGCAAAAGGUUCCAAGUUCAAUCUCUGGCAUUUCUAGGUAGGUCUGGGGAAAGACUUCUGCCUGAAAAAUCUGGAGCGCUGCUGCCAAUCAGUGUAGACAGUACUGAGCUACAUAGACCAAUGGUCUGACUACAUAUAAGUCAGAUUCCAGUGUUCCUAAAAGGGGCCUAAGCUGUAUACUGGAUGGAGGAAUAGUGAUGGCAGGCAUGAGUUGAAAGAUCCCCAUCUCUGUACAUGAUUGACCACCUCUUUCUCCCACUGCUUUCUGCCUAGCUCCAUUACUCAGGAAGUAGUCUGUGGUCCAGUACACUGACACAACCUCUUAGGCUGGCCAGCUAUGCCUUUGCCUUCCUUCAGUCCUAGACACCAUAUUCCUUAAUUAUCUUGAUUGUGCAUAUUAAAAAAGACCCCAGUUGCUUUAAAAGAAGUCAUUGGCAACCCAUGUUUUGCAAGCAAUGGCCAGUGUUUCCAACCAUAUCAGCAAUAGCAUUUUAAAAAUGCCAUAGCUGCAUGAAUUGGCAAUCUAGUGAAACAAGCAGUGUUAGAUAUGGUGACUGCAUUGGCAUGAUGGGUCCAGGGACAGGCCAUGCUACCUGACAGAGUAAACUGCCUCAGGGAGGGAUGGGGAACCAUGUGGCCCUCCCAAUGGGGCUGGGCUACAGUUCCCAUCAUCCCUGACCAUUGGCCAUGCUAGCUGGAGCUGAUGUUCCCUAUCCCUAGUCUAAGGUUUUCCUCUGUUUCUUUCAGUCUUUGCCAAAGGUUUCGUUUUUUAAAAAAUAUAACCUAACUAUUGAUAUCAGAAUAAAUGAUAAAAAUCAA